GGCCGUUGGCCACUUCAUCGAACCCAAUGUCCAUUGCGAGCCCCUCCUCGCCGUUUGCAGCCCUGCUGCGACGCUCAAAAUUCGCCUCCUAUGACCGCGCAAUUGCGCAAGUUUAUUCGUCCUCUGGAGGGCACUUGCACCGUGGCAACUUCGGGUUCAAGCGUCCUCUCCCGAUCCGGGGCAGAGAGGCACAUAUCACGGUCGGCGCGGUGGACUCAAGGGAGGAACAAACGGAGUGGAGGAGCGCAGAUAACGAGGCGCGGUACAUAAAGAUGUGGGACGAAGUUGGCAUUACCCCAACUCUGGACGACAAAGGCCCGUGGUCGACGAAGCUCGGUCCCACAUCCCAGGUUGAAUGGCGGAUGUACUCCGACUUCGACAACGUGGAGAGCGACCUGACGAAUAACGUUCACUCGGAUGCCGAAAGCGCCAUCUACGGCCCCAUCAGCUCAGCGACACCAAAUAUCUACGCUAUGUCCGACAGGGAAUUCGAGUCAUACAUCGAGAAGCUGCGCCAGUCUCGUCCGGCGUUCGCGUCGUUUCUCAAGGAGACGGCUACUCGGAAAGCGGAACAAGCAGCGGAAAAGGCGGCGAAGGCGGAGCAGGAGCUGCAGAGGGGUUCGAAGAGUCCAAAGCGCGCCAGGGAAACGAAGGAGCCGCAGGUUGAUUCCGACUUCACGUCCUUCUGGGAAGUCUCAGCCAAGUCGACGCGUGACCACAAGAUUUUCCUUGCUUCACAGGCGUACAAGUUGUACAACUCUGCCGACUCCCGAGCCAUCGAACAACAGCCGCAAAAUUUCGGUGGUUUGCAUUACGCGAAACAUCCUCCUCUUCAGUCACGGUUCCUCAACAAACCACGACCUGGCCGUCUUGUUCUUCAGCCCAACCGGCUGGGCUCAAACAGCCCUUGGCUAGGCGUUGUCUUCGCCGGUCACAAUGCCGUUGCAGUGGACAACAGUGCUGUCCCCACGGGCUACUUGGAUUUCACGAAACUCGCGCAGCCGGGUGAACAACACUCUCAAGCCGGUGUCGCAAACUUCCGUCUCACGCGCGCAGUGCUCAACAACCCAUCUCAAAUUGUCGGGGAGCGCCCACAAGUGCUGAGGAUGGCGAGAUUGGAGACGCAGGUCGACGUGGAGAAGGACGCAGACAUGGAAAGGUCGAACGCACACUGGCCAGGGUCGCGAGAAUAUGUCGGUCACAGUGUCUCGAGGAUCAAGGCUGACACUAUCCUUUCUCCGCGCAAGAAACCGCCAACAAUGCCUCUUGGUCGCUCGCGCCAGCAGCCGAUGCAGGCACAGGACGUGCUUGGCACUCUGCGUGGUAUUAUGGAGCAUACGGAGCAUUAAGAUACUAGCUGUAGUAGAGUCUUCUCGAUGUCGCCGUUGUUCGCGAGGAGAGCUUUCUCCGCCUGUGCUCGUGGGAUCUCUAGUUCGUGCAUCUAGACCGGUUGCUAGCCUCAGUGCAUAUUCCUACUCUGUGCUGAUCGUUCUCACUAUCAAGUCGACGUCCUCUCGCUUCGCUGAGGUGCUCUCUUUUGCGGCUUUAUACGGCUUCUCAAGCAACCCUCCCGCUCGGUACGCUUCCUCCAGCUUUCCCUUUGAGUACGCCAUGCCAUCUGCAAACUAACGACACACAUCGAUGUGCAUUCU